AUGUUUCGGAACGGAAUUCGACGAUGCAGCGGCUUGGCCCGCGCAGCGACAUCAAGCACGAAGCUGCUGAGCGCUCGGACAGCCUUUCCAGCAACUCUUUCUGCCCCGGCAUCAUUAUCUCGUCCGAUUGCGCCUUUGAAGAGCUUCGCCCAUUUCACCCGGUUUUACAGCGCCGACGCUGCUGUCGCAGAGGACAAGGUUCCUGAAAAUGCUGCACCUGGCGAAAUCUCGUCGUUCCAGGAUUUGGAGACGCUCGGAGUUCAUCGCAACUUGCUAGAUGCAAUCACCCAGGAUAUGCGUUACGAUACCAUGACUCCUGUUCAAUCCAAAGCGAUCAAUCCGGCCCUCAAGGGAACUGACAUUGUUGCUCAAGCCAAGACCGGUACUGGAAAGACUCUUGCUUUCCUGCUCCCUCUCCUACAGCGCAUGAUCGAAGAAGACCCGACAUUGGCCACACGAAAGGCGUCCCGAAAUGCCAGGUCUGACGAUAUUCGCGGCAUCGUGCUGUCGCCAACUCGUGAGCUCGCAGAACAGAUUGCUACCGAGGCGAAGCGGCUUUGCAGACGCACCGGCUUGGUUGUGCAGUCUGCGGUUGGAGGUACUCAGAAGUCUGCCAUGUUGCGUCAGACUCAGCGGCAGGGAUGCCACCUCCUGGUGGCCACCCCGGGUCGCUUGAAUGACCUUCUUGAGGAUCCCAACAGCGGAAUCGAUGCCCCUAAGCUGGCUGCGCUUGUGUUGGACGAGGCAGAUCGUAUGCUUGAUGUCGGCUUCGAAAAGGAACUUAACUCAAUUCAGAGCUACCUGCCCAAGGACAAGGUCAGGCAGACGAUUCUGGUCUCUGCGACUAUCCCCGAUAACGUCAUUCAACUCGCCCGACAGAUGGUUCGCCCCCACGAUUUCGAGUUCGUCCAGACCAUUCCCGAGCACGAAACUCUCACCCACGACAGGAUUCCUCAGAACGUCGUCACCGUCUCGAGCUGGGCCAACGUGUUCCCUUCACUAUUUGAGCUGGUCGACCGCGAGGUUGCUGCUGCGAAGCAAGAUCCCACCCUGCCCCCGUUCAAGGCCAUCGUCUAUUUCAACACAACUUCCAUGGUUGAGCUUGCCGGUGAACUUGGCUACCAGCGGAGACAGAGUGGCCAGCUGAGAAUCCCUACUUUUGCUAUCCAGUCUCAACUUUCCCAAUUCCAGCGAACAAAGGCAGCCGACAUGUUCCGAAACUCCAAGACGGGUAUUCUCUUCUCAUCAGACGUCACAGCUCGUGGCAUGGAUUUCCCCAACGUUACCCACGUCAUCCAGGUUGAUGCUCCCAGGGAGCGCGAAUCUUAUAUCCACAGACUGGGCCGUACCGGACGACAGAACAAGAGUGGCGAGGGCUGGCUGUUUGUGCCCCCAAUGUCGGCAAACUCUGCCAGAAAGCUGUUGCGAGGCCUUCCCCUGAAGCCCAACAAAACACUUGAAAGCGCCGAGGUCGAUAUCAAUGCAGUGGAAGAACUGCCCGCCUAUCACGAGGAGACAAAGACUCUCAUCCAGGCCCUUCCCAGGAAGAUGAUGGCCAGCGCGUACACCUCACUGUUCGGUGGUCAGCUUACGGACAGAGAGGACCUUGUUGACGAUUUGAACGACUGGGCUAUCAAGGGUUGGGGCUGGCCAGAGCCUCCUGCGGUCUCCCACGGUUGGGCGAAGAACCAAGGCCUCCUGAAGUCCGGAUUGAACAUCCAAGACGGCCACAGUGACCGAAUGCACCGGGAUGACAGGCGAGGUGACCGACGGGGCGACCGUCACGGCGACCGUCACAGUGGAGGUCGCUUCGAGCGUCGUGGACCUCCUGACCCAUUCGCUGAGAUGGGACAGCGUGCGCGACGUGAUGCGCCGCCACCACACUCAAGGGGUGGUAGAGGUGGACGAGGUGGCAGAGGUGACCGACGUGGCGGAGGCUUUGAGUCUUCGUGGUAA